AGCUUUUAAAGAAGGACGAGUUCGUGGUGGAACAACCUCAGGUUAAGUCAAAUCCAGAAGUGUUUUAGUUGAGUUAACAGAAGAAGAGAGUCGCCUCAUGAAUCCCAUUUCCUGAACAUGAGGUUUGGACUUUGAGCCGUUUGCAGACAGAGGGGGAGCGAUGACCGAACACCUGCUGAAAAUCCUGGUUGUUGGGGAUGGAAAUGUUGGGAAAACUUCCUUUGUUCAAAGAUACGUCAACGGACAGUUCAACAAGUCGUACAAGAUGACGGUGGGAGUGGAUUUCUCCGUCAAGCUGGUGCAGUGGUCGGACACCGAGAAGGUCCGGCUCCAGCUGUGGGACAUCGCAGGCCAGGAGCGUUUCAUAUCCAUGACCAGGAUCUAUUAUAAGGGCGCGUUGGGCUGUGUGGUGAUGUUUGACGUCACCAGCUCGUCCAGCUUCCUCAGCUGUCGCCAUUGGAAACAGGAUUUGGACAGUAAGGCCACGCUGCCCAACGGACACUCCAUCCCUUGCAUCCUGUUGGCCAACAAGUGUGACCUGGCUCAGAGGGUCGUGUCCGCUGAAAGCAUCAACAGGUUCAGUAAGGCCAAUGGCUUCCUUACAUGGAUGGAGACUUCAGUCAAAGACAACAAGAACGUGGGAGAGGCCAUGAGGAGGUUGGUGCAGGAGGCUUUGUCGGUUCAGUCCAGUCUGGACUCGUCUCAAACUGAACCCCAAGACUCAGAUCUCCUUCAGCUGGACUCAGAGGACAACAGCAGUGGAGCAAGAUGCUGCUGAAAAAACACAAACACAGCCAGGAGCUAAUCAAUGGACUGACUUACUGAGAGAGGAAAAACGAUGAGGAUGAAGAAGAGAGGGAUGAAGAGGAGCAGAAGGAGCAGAGGGGAAGGUGUGUGUGCGCUUGCCAACGAGGUGCGGAGCGUGCUCAGUGCAGCCGCCACGCACCCUCCUCCAGCAGGCUGAGUCAGGCAGACACAUGGCAUCCUCGUGCAAACGGUGUGUAGGGGGGGAUGUUGCAUGUGUGUGAGAUGAAGCUCCCACAUGACAUGCAAAGUGGAGUUUUAAAAAUUGAGCGAUGAAGCGGUCUAUAGUAUUGUCAGAGCAACUUUGAUAAACUGCACAAUCCUGAGAAUAACACAGAGAUGAAGCAGAAGGCAACUCAGCUGCUCCACAAAUAAUAUAAUAAUAACAAACUUUAUUUUUAUAACACUUUUCAAAUCAGGGUAACAAAGUGCUCUUUGUAAGAGCAAAAUAAAAGAUAGAGACGUGUGAGGAAGGCAAUGAUUCAUAAUAAAAAACAAAAUAGUGAGAGAUAAAAGUGCACGAGUUCCACAAAUCCCCAACAAGCACAUCUUUAAAAAUGUGUUUUUAAAAGAGGUCGUUCCAGAGGGUCGGGGGUCCCUGAUGGAGAAGGCCCGGUCACCUUUGGUCUUCAACCUCGAUUGUGAAAUGGCGAGCAGAGCCUUGGCCGAGGAGCUGAGGUUACGAACGGGUAUAUAAGAGGUGAGGAGAUCAGAGAUAUGUACUUCGGUGCAAGUCCAGAGCGUGCUUUAUAAGUUAACAAUAAAAUCCUAAAAUCUGUAUUGGGAGCCAAUGAAGGGACGCUAAAACA